AAUAUAGAUUUAUAGAAAUCGCAUAAACUAGCGCGAACUUAUAUAAUGAAUAUACAGUGACUCAAAUCCGUAAUCAUACUCCACAAUGCAGAUCCCUUUUCCCUUCUUUUGAAAGUCGAAAUCAAGCUUUCGGAAUAUUCUAUUUAGAUAAAAUUAUAGCGUCAUAUGAGAGUUAAAAGGUUUGCUGUCUGUUUUCAGAAUAAUGGUUUUUAUUUCUUCAAAAAUGGCUAAUGUAUGAAAAUUGACUCAAAUUCAUAAUCGUACGCUGGUUCAAAUCCAAUUGAAACAUUAGCACAUACAUUCGCCAUUUUUAGAGAAAUAAUAAACAUUAUUCUGAAAACAGCAAACCUUUUAACUCUCAUAUGACACUAUAAUUUUAUCUAAAUAGAACGUUCCGAAAGCUUGUUUUCGACUUUCAAAAGAAGGGAAAAGAGAUCUGUAUGGUGGAGUACGAUUACGGAUUUGAGUCACUGUAUUCCUAUUUUCGGUGAAUUUAUUCACCUGAAGUAGAACUGCCUCAAACUUUAGUGAUUUCUUACCAGCGUUUACAUAUGCCUGAAUUUAUUAUUAGAAGUCGUUUUAUCUACCUUGAAGAAGUGCAUCAUAUAUAAAGUGACCAGAUGGUCAAAGGUCUAACGCGGGACACAAAAAACAAAACAUUAUUUAUAUACGUUAUGUGAACAUAAAUCAUAGUUUAGAGAGUCUCAUUUAUUCGUGAAACUCUCAACAUGUGUCCUUGCAAUUAAACAUGAUCUGUAUUAUUUCUUUAUAAGUAUCUGCACUCAGUUGUGAUUUUGCGGUGGUUUAGAUUUUGUUUACGCCUGAAAAUCACUCACUCAGUCAGAGCAUUUAAAUGUGGCAAGCACGAUUCAAAUUCUAUAAUUCUCUUCCUAUUAUCGAAUGGAAUGCUCGAAAAUUCCAAUCCAUUUUUCAUCGAUUUUACCGUAUUGAAAAAAAUGCACUAAUUUCGGAUGGCGAUGAAAAAAAACUACAAAAGAUAAUUUAAUGGAACAAAUUUUCCUUAAAUCUAACGUAUAUUAAGCCUACAACAGAAAUGAUUCAAGGAUGUUGACUCGCAUCAACAGCAGCAGUGUCAAGCAAUUUGAUGAUUUUUUUUAAUACUGCCAGCUCCACCUCACAGCGAAGGAGUUGGACAUCCUGAGGCACUUUGUGUCCGCCAGAAUAGCCAAUCUAGUAAAUACAACAUCCUCUCCCUGCCGCUUCUUAAGCCGGGAGAUCGAAGCAACCGGCCAAAUGGUGAAGGAGAAUCUGGCCAAAAUGGACAUAUUUAUGCGAAAGCGUCAGACGAGACGCGUAGCAGGCAAUCACCCAGAAGGAGUAGCUUAAGGUACUGAUGAAAACUUCUUUCCGGUGAAAGAAGCGAAAGUUUUUUUUCAUUGGUGAAAAACUUCUUUUCGUACUUAUAAUGAAAGACAAGACGUACUUGAUGCUUGAAUUCAACGAAUGGCAGGGAGCCACAUACUUUACGUUCCCUAGGUAAGCGAUGGCGACGAAUAUAUCACCCACAUCAAGUUCUCGAAGAAGGUUAUUCUCUGACAAACGAGAAGGGAAUGUCCAAGCCGCUCUUCUUUCGAGUCAUAUGGUGAACUGGGAGAUAUACAGUAUGAAGUGCGCACCGGAAGUUGCGAAGGUGAUGUAGUCUUCAUACCGAACCUGGUAUCUGCCCAGUAUGUCAAAAGAUCACUGGAGGAUGGAUCGGCUGGAGAUAAACAUUGUCGCGAAGACCGCCAACCUUCCCAACAUCCCUCAGCUGCGACCGAUAGAAAACUUUUGGGCGAAUAGCCAAAAUGGAGAGACAGCCGACCACCAAAGCCACGAAAAGGCAAAAGAACACGCCAACAUACAUCUUUUCAUCGGCCAUGGUUGAGGUUCCGGCCAACUUCCACAAUUUUAAUAAAAUGGGCAAGAAAUAUUACUGUGAUUACUGUCACAAACAUAUUCAACGUGAUCCGAAUAUUGUUAGAAGGCACAACGAGGGAAUUCCACACGGGCGCAACAAGGCAGCAUACUACGAAAGGUUCAAAGAUACAAGCCAGGUAUUGCGGGAAAUAGCCACAAAGAAACCAUGUCGAACGUUGCUCACCUCCCAAGAAUGCUCAUUUGGAGCUGCAUGUCGUUACAGUCACUACCGGCCAGACGAAAUAGUGCAAAUUAAACAACGCGCUGCUUCGAUCGAAUACCAGAAGAGUAAACGAACUGAUGAGCUCGUUGGAAAGUUGAUUGCCACUGAGUCCACGGCCAAGAAAUUCGUCGACAAGCUUGCUGAGAAUCGCGCGAAAGAAUGCUCUGAGUGUAAACAAUUUUGGACAUAUCCUGAGGAAUUGAAGGAAAGAAAUGUGCCUCCAUCGUUGCAGGAAAUCGAUGUCUAUAAAAUCGACUUAGGCAAUUUUGCCCAAUGGGGGUGAAAGAAUAAUAUACAAACAAAAUUUCAUUGUAAAAUAUAUUACACAUCUAUAAAUUUUAAUUUAUAAUUCGAUCAUACACUACACUGAAA